UCAGAUUGCGGCGAACGUAACGAAGAGGCUCGCAUCGUGGGCGGUUCCGCGGCCAGCACGAACGCCUUCCCGUGGCUGGCGCGGCUCAUCUACCACAACUCCUUCGGCUGCGGGGCUUCCCUUAUCAAUGACAAAUACGUCGUGUCCGCCGCGCAUUGUUUGAAGGGUUUCAUGUGGUUUAUGUUCCGAGUGACUUUCGGCGAGCACGAUCGCUGCGACAAAAGUACGAGACCUAUCACCCGUUACGUCACAAAAGUUGUAGCCCACAACUUUUCUCUCUCCGACCUGAGCAAUGAUAUCGCCCUGCUGAAGAUCAGUUCACCGGUUACGUAUUCCCACGCUGUCCGGCCCGUGUGCUUGCCGAAGUAUCAAGGAAGAUCCUACGAGAACUCCAUCGCAACAGUAUCUGGCUGGGGCGCAACUGGCGAGACCAAAAACUGGUCAUGCACGCUCCUAGAGGCCGAGUUACCUGUCCUUAGUAACCAGGAGUGCAGAAACACUAAGUACAACGCCUCCAGGAUCCAGGAGGCGAUGCUCUGCGCCGGGUUCCCGAAGACGGCACAUAAAGAUGCUUGUACUGGUGACAGCGGUGGACCUCUUAUAACCGAAAAUUCAGAUCACGUUUAUGAACUUAUAGGUAUCGUUUCCUGGGGCUACGGUUGUGCAAGGCUUGGGUAUCCGGGCGUCUACACGCGGGUUACGAAAUAUCUGGACUGGAUCAGAGACAACACCGACGACGCCUGUUACUGUACCGACCAAGUUCCUUUGGCCACCUCCUGCGCCCAGAUCAGCUCGAUGUGGAAAGUUGUUUUCUUAAGUGCAUUUGUUUUAGCAUUCACAAUAAAAGCUGAUGAAGAGUUAUUAAAGAAUAUUCAAGACGAUGAAGAUUAUCAAAAAAUACCUAAAUGCAAUUGUCGGUGUGGUGAACGCAACGAAGCCUCCCGAAUAGUGGGGGGCGUUGAGACGGUGGUGAACGAGUUCCCCUGGAUGGCGCGAUUGAUGUAUUUCCAGAAGUUCUACUGCGGGGGUAUACUCAUCAACGAUCGCUAUGUGCUUACCGCUGCGCACUGCACUAAAGGGUUGAUGUGGUUUAUGAUAAAAGUGACCCUGGGCGAACACAACCGCUGCAACGAGACCACGCGCCCCGAGACGCGCUUCGUGACAAGGAUCGUCGCCCACAACUUUACAUACACCACUUUCCGGCAUGACAUCGCGCUGUUGCGGCUCAACCAGCCUGUUAAUAUUACUGAUACGAUCAAGCCUAUCUGUCUGCCACAUAGUGACGAUAACACGUACGUAGGAGUGAAGGCCAUAGCAGCGGGCUGGGGUUCAGUAACCGAGCAGAAGAACCACUCCUGCGUGUUGAACGACGUGGAGCUGCCCGUCCUCAGCAACGACGUCUGCAAGAAGUCCAAGUACGAGGAAGCCAUGAUAGCUGACGACAUGCUGUGCGCCGGCUUCCCUGACCAAGGGAUGAAAGACACUUGUCAGGGUGACAGCGGCGGGCCGUUGGCAGCCGAAAGGAGAGACAAACGCUACGAGCUUUUAGGAGUGGUUUCUUGGGGUAUCGGAUGCGGGCGCUCCGGUUACCCUGGAGUAUACACGCGGGUCACCAAGUACCUGUACUGGAUCCGGCAUAAUGCGCGUCAAGGAUGCUUCUGCUCAGAUUAAUCAUUUAUAUAUAUUUACCUUGUAC